CCUACCCAGCCAGGAAGAAAAACGUCUGCUGGGAUUUUUAGCGUCGUGCCCUUCCUCUGGAUCUGGGGGAUCGCUGCUCUUCCAUAGCUCUGCUGCAAGAAAACGCGACUGAAGUGGUUGAAGUUGGGAACGGUCUCUGUGUGCUGCUCCUGCUGCUGCUGUGGGCUGGGUUUUCCUCUCCCAGCCCUCUCCCAACACGGGUGCUGGGACUGGGAGCCUCCUCUCCGGGGAUUUUGCCGUAACAGUGGAAGCUGCUGCUUGGUCGGAGUAUGUUUGCCCAGGACAUGGUGCAGGGUGAAGAGCACAGAUAAAGACGCUCCCACCACUCACUCCACAGCCUGUCCCACCCUCCUGAGGACUCCAUGAGGCAGGACACGGGCUGAUGCCCUCAGCUCACCCCACCAUGGAUGGGGGGAACAGCUUCCCACAGCACCAGCAGCCGGGCGAUGCCAUCCGCGGCAUCCCCGGCCUCCGCUCCCAGCUCGCCGUGCCGGACGUGGAGAAUUCCACGCUGGCCGCCGACUCAUGGAGUAGCUGCUACCCAGUCUCUUUCCCAACCUCCUCCUUCCCAAGUGAAAACCAGCAAUAUUUUAACCCCCCUCAGGAUUUUUAUAUGGAUUCCAUCAGCAGACCACAUUUCUUCGAUACAAACUAUGCAACUGUGGACCCCACUGACUUUUUACCAAAAAAUGGGGAUUUUCCUCAGGAUUCUUCAUACCUCGAUGAGCUCUCCAACAACAACUCCCUCUUCUCGUCCCCUGCGGAUUCCCUCUCGGACAUCGCGGAUCCCAAGGAUUUCCUGCCCGCCGACAGCCUCAACCACGUGCCAACACUAUGGGAUGUGAACACACCACAGCAGAACCAGAUCGAGCUGUUCUCACCCAGUGCAUCAUUCCCUGGCCUGAACAGCUCCAGUGACCACAUUUCUGCUGUCCCCAACACCCCACUCCUCAUCAGCUACCAGUCUCAGGCUCCUGCAGAGGAGGAAGAUGAAGGUGAGGAGGAAGAAACAGAAGAGUUGGGGCAGACAGAGACCUAUGCAGAAUAUAUCCCUUCAAAAUCCAAGAUUGGGAAGCACCAUCCUGACCUGGUGGUUGAGACAAGCACCCUGUCCAGUGUCCCCCCACCUGACAUCACCUACAGCCUUUCCCUGCCCUGCUCCGUGGCUGACAAAGGCUCCCUGUCUGCACUACAGCUGGAAGCCAUCAUCUACGCCUGCCAGCAACAUGAGGUUUUAUUGCCCAAUGGGCAGCGAGCUGGGUUUCUGAUUGGGGACGGUGCCGGAGUCGGGAAGGGCAGGACUGUUGCGGGCAUCAUCUUUGAAAAUUAUCUUAAAGGGAGGAAAAAAGCUCUCUGGUUCAGCGUCUCCAAUGAUCUCAAAUACGAUGCUGAGAGAGACCUGAAGGACAUCGAGGCCUCCCACAUUCCUGUGCAUGCUCUGAACAAGAUUAAAUACGGUGACACAGCUACCUCAGAAGGAGUCCUCUUUGCCACCUACUCAGCGCUGAUCGGUGAAAGCCAGGCCGGGGGACAGCACAGGACACGCUUAAAACAGAUUUUGGAGUGGUGCAGGGAAAACUUUGAGGGAGUUAUUGUGUUUGAUGAAUGCCACAAAGCCAAAAAUGCCAGCUCUACCAAAAUGGGCAAAGCAGUGCUGGACCUGCAGAACAAGCUGCCUCGAGCAAGGGUUGUCUAUGCCAGUGCCACAGGUGCCUCAGAGCCAAAAAACAUGAUUUACAUGAGCCGCCUGGGGAUCUGGGGGGAGGGAACCCCAUUCCGAGCCUUUGAUGAGUUCCUGCACGCGAUUGAGAAGAGGGGAGUUGGAGCGAUGGAGAUCGUGGCCAUGGACAUGAAGGUCAGUGGGAUGUACAUUGCUCGGCAGCUCAGCUUCACUGGGGUGACCUUCAGGAUUGAGGAGAUCCCUCUGGACGAGCAGUACAAGGCUGUCUACGACAAGGCAGCCAAGCUGUGGGCAGAGGCCUUGAUGGUGUUCCAGCAGGCAGCCGACUGCAUUGGGCUGGAGUCUCGGAAGUCGCUGUGGGGUCAGUUCUGGUCGGCUCACCAGCGCUUCUUCAAGUACCUCUGCAUCGCUGCCAAGGUGCGGCGGCUCGUGGAGCUGGCCCAGGAGGAGCUGGCCAGGGACAAGUGCAUUGUCAUCGGCCUGCAGUCCACGGGGGAGGCUCGCACCAGGGAGGUCCUGGACGAGAACGAUGGGCACCUCAACUGCUUUGUCUCUGCUGCAGAAGGCGUCUUUCUAUCACUAAUUCAGAAGCACUUUCCUUCAACCAAAAGAAAGAGAGAAAAAGGAACUGGCAUUAAAAGAAAACGGCGGCCGCGGGGCCGCUGCCCCAAGGCUCUGCGGGGCCCGUGUGACCAAGGGGUCAUCAUCAAGAUCAGUGAUGACAGCAGCACCGACUCGGACAUGGGGCUGGACAGCGACCUCUCCUCCUCCCCCGAGUCCCUGUUAGAGACGGACGAUGUCAUCUUUGUGGAUCAUACCUUCGGCGGCUGCACUGGCGAGGACAGGGGUAGUUUCCACAUGCUGCCUUCCCAGAAAGAGCUGCACGGCCUGAGAGAGCUGAGGGUCGAAAAGAUGAAGCAAGACCUCCUAGCAAAAGUGAAAGCACUGGGCAAAGAGCUACCUCUCAACACCUUGGAUGAACUGAUUGAUUAUUUUGGGGGCCCAGAGAACGUGGCUGAGAUGACAGGCCGGAAGGGACGGGUGGUUCGCAGGCCCGACGGCUCCGUUGUGUUCGAGUCCCGCGCCGAGCAAGGGCUCUCCAUAGACCACGUCAACCUGAAGGAGAAGGAGCGUUUCAUGCAGGGGGAAAAGCUCGUAGCGAUAAUCUCGGAGGCCUCCAGCUCAGGGAUCUCCCUCCAAGCAGACAGAAGGGUGAAGAACCAGAAGCGCCGGGUGCACAUGACCCUGGAGCUGCCCUGGAGCGCAGACCGGGCCAUCCAGCAGUUCGGCCGAACACACCGAUCCAACCAGGUCUCUGCUCCCGAGUACGUGUUCCUCAUCUCAGAGCUGGCAGGGGAGAGGAGGUUUGCAUCCAUCGUGGCAAAACGCCUGGAGAGCCUGGGUGCCUUAACUCACGGGGACCGACGGGCCACCGAGUCCCGGGACCUCAGCAAGUACAACUUCGAGAACAAGUACGGGGCCAAAGCCCUGGACAGGGUCCUGUCCACAAUCCUCAGCCACACAGAGAACAGGGUUCCUGUGCCCAGGAGCUACGAGAGAGGGGAGGACACCUUUUUCCGUGAAAUGAAGCAAGGGCUCAUCUCCGUGGGGAUCUGCUGCAACCAGAUGAAAUAUGGCACUGUCUCCGUGGAGAAGGACUGCUCCAUCACCAAAUUCCUGAACCGCAUCCUGGGCCUGGAGGUGGACAAGCAGAACAUGCUCUUCCAGUAUUUUUCUGACACCUUUGACUACCUGAUUGAGAAGGACAAGAAGGAGGGCAAAUACGACAUGGGCAUCCUUGAUUUAGCCCCAGGAGUGGAUGAGAUCUACGAGGAGAGCAAGGAGGUUUUCCUGACCCCAGGGCACCCACAGGAUGGGCAGGUCGUGUUCUACAAGAUCAGCGUUGACAGAGGUUUAAAGUGGGAGGAAGCCUAUGAGAAGUCGCUCAAACUGACGGGAACCUUCGAUGGGUUCUACCUUUCUUACAAGGUGCGAGGCAGCAAAUACACCUGUCUGCUGGCAGAGCAGAGCCGUGGCAAGAACUUCAUCCUCUACAAACCAAAUAUUGGGAAGCAAAGCCAGCCUGAGAGCCUGGACAGUCUGCAGAAGAAAUACCGGCGGGUGCUGCCCGAGGAAGCCAAGGAGCACUGGGAGAGCAGCUACCACUUCUCCUUGAAGAACUGUAACCACGCUGUGUGGAACAAGAGCUGCAAGCUGAUCCAGGAGGGGAAGGAAUGCUUCCAGGGCAUGCGCCUGAGGCACUAUUACAUGCUGUGCGGGGCCCUGCUGCGCGUGUGGAGCAGGAUCGCCGGCGUCAUGGCAGACAUCACCAGCAGCAGCUACCUGCAGAUCGUGCGCCUCAAGACCAAGGAGAAGAAGAAACAAGUCGGGAUCAAGAUCCCCGAGAGCUGUGUCCACAGGGUGCGGGAGGAGCUGAAGCAGAUGGACGAGGACGUGAAGCGGAAGCACAGCCGGCUGCUCCAGGCCCAGGAGCAGAGCUCACCCUUCUCCCUGCCACUGCACAUCCUGCCGGGGCCUGGGCUGCCCCUGCCCUCCCUGUGCCAGGACGAGAUCCUGGACUUGACCUACAGCCCUCCCAGCAACAGCAUUCCCGACGUGGUGUUGAACCCGGAGACCAGAGCGCUCUGCUUCUCCUCGGAGCCCCCCCUGCAGCCCCAGCAGCAGCACAGAUUGUCCUUUGGCUUUGGCCACGCUCCUGGGCUGGAGGGCAGCGCAGCCCCCGGCCCCUUGCUGCACGAGCCCCCUGCCCUGCCCCCCCCGCCCCCCCUGCAGCAGCCACAGGAGGAUUUUCUCCAGCAAGACGGGAAUAUCAAUUUUAGAGAGAUCCUGGAGGACAUGCUGAGGACGUUCAAUGGGCCCUCCCAGGAGAACCUGCUCCCCCCGGAGCGCCAGAGCGUGAUCCAGUUCAGUGGGCCUUUCCCGGAUUUCUGAAUGCCAGCUGGGAAUGCUGCUGUGGAUCUGUGUCCUCUGGUGCAGAGGUGAGAGCUGAGGAGCCCUGACUUUUCUACAGGUUUGGACUGAUCCUGCUCUGGUUUUGAGGGAAGAGAAAGCCUGGAGUUCCUUAAAGUGAAUUUUAUUUAUAUGUACUAUUCAGUCAGGCAUGUACAGGUUUGUAUGGAACGUGCCCAGGGGGAGCUGAGCGGGUCCUGCUGGGCUCUGCUGGGUCAAGUCCUGCUCACAGGUCAGUGCCCAAGUGGGAUUGAGGGGAGACCCCUCCUCUGCCCAACCCCUGCAGACUACUGAGUGUCCGAGCCUUCCCCAGCCCUCCAGCCCAGCAAGGCCAGGGCCAGGCUCUGGAAUGACCCACUGACCACGUGCUGGUCAGUUAGGGAACAGUGGGAGCCCAGCCCCAGCUUGGGCUGCCCCAGCACUGCUGUGGACCCUGAGGCUGUGCUGGCAGCCUGGGAUGGAGGGGAAGGGAAUGUUAUCCCAGAGGAGCUGGGAGAUGCUGAGCUCAGGUGUCCUCUGGCAGGGCUGAGCAGGUGUAGUGAGAGAUCAAAACUGCCUGUGCUGCCCUUUGCAGGAAGGGACCUUGGGCUGCCUGAGCUCCGUGGGAGCGGCCAGAGCUGGCUGCACCCCACGGUGACAGAGCUGGAGUCUGUCAGAGCUCAGCCACACCAGGACCAGCAGGAUUCCCCAGAGCAGAAGGGACACAUGUCCCCUGUCCUGCACUUUAACCUCACCAGGUCGCCGUGACCAGAUGUGCUUUGGCCAGUUUCCUGCUGUCACAUGUUGUCCCUUCACCUGGACAUCCUGCUGGUCCUGCCACUGUCCUUGGCUGGGCCAUGGACCCCAGUCCACGGGUCUGGGUCAGGGCAGCCCAGCCAGGUUGUGCAGUGUCACUGUUGAGGGUGUGCAGUGUCAUUGGCACUGCUCAGAGUGUGCAGUGUCACUGUCACCACCCAGGAUUUGCAGUUUGGCUGCUCCUGCUGCAACUGCCCUGUUGGAUACCAAAGAACAAAGGCUGCUUUGCAAAGCACUGCCCCACCCCCUGCUGCCUCCUCCCCAGGACAGAGGACAGCGAGGUUUCCUAAAAGUGGCGCCGGGAUGAUUUCAGGGGAGAACCUGGGACCAUCCCUGGCUGACCUGGCCCUUCCUCAGAGAACUCCUGGGGCAGGGGAUCCUCUGUGCCCUAACAGGGCAGUCUUGAGGGGGCUGGAGCUUCACAGUGCCUGGUGGUGUCACGUCCUCUGGGCAGACACCGUCACCUCCAUGUCCCCCUGGGGCUCAGGGACUGGGCCAGUUCCCCGUUUGGUGUUGGGAAUUGCUCUGGGUUCCUGUCUGGAGCAUUGUGCUCUGGCUGUGGCAGGAGCUGAGCCCCAACACCCUGAGGUCACAGACCUGCCCAGUCACACAACUGGGUCCCUGAAUUUUGUUUUGGGGGCCUGUCCUUACCCCCCUCCCCAGCUGGCACCUGCUUCUCAGCACCAGCCCAGGCUCAAUCCCUGUGGUCGGGGGCACAUUUCACCUCCUUACCUCAAAGUGAUCACCAAAGAUGGGGGAGCCCCCUGUGUCCCCCCCAAAGCCCUGCUGCUUUCCCCCAGUUCUGCUCCUCUCGACCCCAGCAGCCUCCCCCGGGCCCAGGCAGAGCCAGGCUCCCCCUCUCCACACCCUCCCCUAUUUAAAGCACUGCUCGAUUGGGGCUGAAUUCUCAGCAAUGAGGGAAAAGGACGCCGGGAAAACCCAGCUCAAAGAGGUUUAAACUCAGGAAUAGCAAGGGGGAAUUCCCUGCUGGGCACCCUCUGCUGUCACCGGAGCCUUACCUGGUGGCUUUGACCUUAACUUUAAAAUAUAUGCAAUCCUGCCUCCCUGAUCUCUGGAAAGACAGAGAGCACCUUCAAGGAAUCCCUUUCCUGCCCCGAUCCCGUGUUUUGUCAGGGUUAAUAAUAUGUAAUGUUAUCUUUUAACUAAAUUAUUCUGCAGUUGUCCUACUGAUUGUAUUUUUAAUGAGUCCCUGUUUUCUUCCCUGACACCUUUGUGUUGGCACUUUUUAAUCUGCUUGUCGUUUGCCUUUUGUUUCUAUGUAUAUUUAUAAUUAAGUUGUACAUAUGUAAAGAGAUUUUUUUAGAAUAUGUGCCUUGGACUAAUAAUUCCUGAAUUUUCUACUUGCCUCAGAAGGAUAAUUUUUCAUUCUGCUCAGUAAAAAUGGAACAGAAGCCACACGUGAGAUUUCUGUAA